UCUGCUCCUGCUGCCUUGUGGGAAUGAUAGAAGGAAGGCGGAGCUCAGACCAGGGGAAAAUGGCCGCCGCUCCUGACGUCACUACUCGGCCUGGGAACCUAUUGCUGCAGCCGGACUGGUCUACAAGAAAAUGGCCGCCGGCCUCCUGCACUGAGGACAUCUAUGGUUCAAAUAUUACUGGGGCGGAGGUGCGGGCGUGGUGUAGAGGGGAAGGGCCAAUAACCAGAAAGCAGCCUUUGCCAAUCAUGACCUACUUCCGGACUGUGCGUUCCACCUUACUUCCGGACUGUGCGUUCCACAUACAGGAAGUGAGUUUUCAUCGACUGCUGCUGCCUCCCAGUGUCCGUGGAGAUCAGGGUUACACAGUUGUGAAGAAGAUAUCUGGUGAGUGUGAGACACCCAGCAGCCAUCCUCUUGUGUCAGGCGGACUAAGCACGACCCACAGCCCCAUCACGGUGCCUCCACCUCACUCACUAAUACAUGAGAGACACAGUGACCAGAAGAUCCUGGAACUCACCAACAAGAUCAUUCAGCUGCUGAAAGGAGAGGAGGGGGAAUAUAUAGAGGAACACAGGGGUCUGUACAAGGACAUGAUGAUGGAGAAUCACCGGCCCCUCACAUCACUGGAUGGGCCCAGUAACAGAGAUACCCCAGAGAGAUGUCCCCGUCUCCUGUAUUACCAGGAUUGUACAGAGGAGAAUCACAGGAUCCCACAGGAGGAUCAGGUAGAACGUCUGUCUAAUAUUAAAACAGAAGAUACAGAGGGAGAAGAAGAGACGUAUGUGACUGAUAUAAAGGCAGAAGAUAUAGAGGGAGAAGAAGAGACGUAUGUGACUGAUAUGAAGGCAGAAGAUAUAGAGGGAGAAGAAGAGAUGUAUGUGACUGAUAUAAAGGCAGAAGAUAUAGAGGGAGAAGAAGAGACAUAUGUGACUGAUAUAAAGGCAGAAGAUACAUUGGGAGAAGAAGAGACGUAUGUGACUGAUAUAAAGGCAGAAAAUAUAGAGGGAGAAGAAGAGACGUAUGUGACUGAUAUUAAAACAGAAGAUAUAGAGGGAGAAGAAGAGACGUAUGUGACUGCUAUAAAGGCAGAAGAUAUAGAGGGAGAAGAAGAGACGUAUGUGACUGAUAUGAAGGCAGAAGAUAUUGAGGGAGAAGAAGAGACGUAUGUGACUGAUAUAAAGGCAGAAGAUAUAGAGGGAGAAGAAGAGACGUAUGUGACUGAUAUAAAGGCAGAAGAUACAGAGGGAGAAGAAGAGACGUAUGUGAGAGGUGAUCAGCAGUGUAAGGAGGAGGAAAUCCCUACAGAUAUCAACACAGCAGAUGGACACACAAGCAGGAAUAUCUCAGAAGGACAUCUAAUGUUAUCCCCGGAUUGUGACAUAAAAGAUAAUGACAGUAGACAGGAUUCUCCAGGAAAUAAUCCCAUUACCCCAAUUAUACAUCCAGCUCUAUCAGCUGAUCCCCCUGAUCCUGGGAAAUGUUCUCCUGAUCACUCUGAUAUUGGAGCAUUUGUUACAGCUCUGACAGUAGAUACAGUGUUUCCCUGUUCUAUAGAUGCCAAAUGUUUUACACAGAACACAAAGCUUAUUACCCAUCAGCCAGCUAAGGCAGCUGAGAGGCAAUUUCCAUGUUCUGAGUGUGGAAAAUGUUUUACAUACAAAUCAGCUCUUGUUAGACAUCAGAGAAGUCACACAGGUGAGAGGACAUUUCCAUGUUCUGACUGUGGAAAAUGUUUUACUUGGAAAUCAUGUCUUGUUACACAUCAGCAAAGUCACACAGGUGAGAAGCCAUUUCCAUGUUCUGAGUGUGGGAAAUGUUUUGGCCGGAAAUCACAACUUGUUAGACAUCAGAGAACUCACACAGGUGAGAGGCCAUUUCCAUGUUCUGACUGUGGAAAAUGUUUUACUUGGAGAUCAAGUCUUGUUACACAUCAGCAAAGUCACACAGGUGAGAAGCCAUUUCCAUGUUCUGAGUGUGGGAAAUGUUUUGCCCGGAAAUCACAUCUUGUUAUACAUCAGAGAAGUCACACAGGGGAGAAGCCAUUUCCAUGUUCUGAGUGUGGGAAAUGUUUUGCAGGCAAACCAGAGCUUGUUAGACAUCAGAGAAGUCACACAGGUGAGAAGCCAUUUCCAUGUUCUGAGUGUGGGAAAUGUUUUGCAGACAAACCAGAGCUUGUUAGACAUCAGAGAAGUCACACAGGUGAGAAGCCAUUUUCUUGCUCUGAGUGUGAGAAAUGUUUUUCACAGAAAUCACAUCUUGUUGAUCAUCAGCGAAGUCACACAGGUGAGAAGCCAUUUCCAUGUCCUGAGUGUGGGAAAUGUUUUGCAGACAAAUUACAUCUUGUUAGACAUCAGAGAAGUCACACAGGUGAGAAGCCAUUUUCUUGCUCUGAGUGUGGGAAAUGUUUUGCCCAGAAAUCACAACUUGUUAGACAUCAGCUAAGUCACACAGGUGAGAGGCCAUUUCCAUGUUCUGAGUGUGGGAAAUGUUUUGCCCUGAAAUCAGAUCUUGUUAAACAUCAGAGAAGUCACACAGGUGAGAAGCCAUAUUCUUGCUCUGAGUGUGGGAAAUGUUUUACACAGAACUCAUAUCUUGUUAUACAUCACAGAAGUCACACAGGUGAGAAGCCAUUUCCAUGUUCUGAGUGUGGGAAAUGUUUUGCAGACAAAUUACAUCUUGUUAUACAUCAGAGAAGUCACACAGGUGAGAAGCCAUUUUCUUGCUCUGCGUGUGGGAAAUGUUUUGACCGGAAAUCACAACUUGUUAGACAUCAGCUAAGUCACACAGGUGAGAGGCCAUUUCCAUGUUCUGAGUGUGGGAAAUGUUUUGCCCUGAAAUCAGAUCUUGUUAAACAUCAGAGAAGUCACACAGGUGAGAAGCCAUAUUCUUGCUCUGAGUGUGGGAAAUGUUUUACACAGAACUCAUAUCUUGUUAUACAUCACAGAAGUCACACAGGUGAGAAGCCAUUUCCAUGUUCUGAGUGUGGGAAAUGUUUUAGACAGAAAUCACAUCUUGUUACACACCAGAGAAAUCACACAGGUGAGAAGCCAUUUUAAUCUUCUGGAGUAUACUUAUUAUUGCCAUGCGUUGUUCUUCAAGGUUCUUAUCCUAUGUCCUGUGCUUUUUGCAAUAUACAUGCAACCACUGGGUGAAAUAAUCGGCUGUCAUGCCCUCAUCUACCACUGCUAUGCAGAUGGUCUGUCUUUUGUUCUGGGUACUGAGAACCCAGUACCAAUACUAAAUGUCUAGCUGAGCUCCAGGUGUGGGUGAUGCCAGUUGGCUGUGACUCAGUCCUGGUAAAACAGGUCUUUAUGAUAGAAGCUCACCAACAAAGGACAGGGCUACAGCUCAGCUUUGUUACCAACCAGACUUACGCUUGGGGGUUCAGGUUUACAUAAUGCUGAUCCUGUGCAGAAUCUUGGUGUCCUGGAUGGUGGAGUGACACUUAGACAUCAGGUAUCAGCCACACUCAGAUCCUCAUCUGAGGAACAUAGCCAGACUCCAGCACUUUAUUCCCUCAGAAAAUCUACCUACAGUCAUACAUGCACUUGUAUCAUCACACAUAGACUACUGCAAUAUCCUCUACCUGGGUCUCCCAGCAAAAGAAUUGCACCGCUUGUAGCUUGUACAGAAUGCAGCAGCCAGGCUGUUACCUAACCAGCCUGUUCCUGCCACAUAACACCCAUUCUCUGCUCCCGCCACCGGCUGCCUGGAAGAUGGUGACUCUGGGCCUAAUUCAGGUUGGGUUGCAGUGUGUGAUCCAAACGGAAUUAUUGAGAAAAACUUGCGGACGCAUGCGCAGCGCCCGUCCUGCGUAUGCACCUGCAUUCUCUACAGGGGGCUGUAGGAAAUGUGAUUGCUUCUUGUUAAUCAGGUAGAGGCUGUCACGGGGUGUGGGGUAAAGCUCCGUUUCCAGUGAGAAGAUGGAGCGUUACAAGUGCGGUGUUGCGAGAAAGGGAGGCGGACAAACGGUCAUGUUCACUGUGGCUGCAUGACAUCACACGCAGCCAUCGCAAUCUAGAAGAACGCGGUGGGCAUCCUGCAGGCACAGCUAAGCUGGCAGGAUGCUUCACUAGUUUCUAAGAUGAAGCAGAAAUUGUGGAGCGAUCGCAAUUUCUGCUUCAUAAAAGGGGGAGGCGCCGGUCAGCAUACUGGGCUGCCUCGCCCUGCGAUGGGCAGCCCCGAGCACGCUAGAAAAAGGAUUGCUAAUUAGCAGCAUCUGCUAUCCUUACUGACUUACUGUAGGCCCCUAUUACAUAAUGUUACUGACUCUCCCAGCCCUACAUGACCAGGGUCCAUGUACCAGAAGCAGCUUCUGCCUCCUUACUGACUUACUGUAGGCCCUAUUACAUAAUCUUACUGACUCUCCCAGCCCUACAUGACCAGGGUCCAUGUACCAGAAGCAGCUUCUGCCUCCUUACUGACUUACUGUAGGCCCCUAUUACAUAAUUUUACUGACUCUCCCAGCCCUACA